AUGAUGGAUCGGGCUCUUCUCCUUCGCGAAUUUCUCGACGACCUUGUCGCGAUCGAACGCAAUUUCCGAGAUGUCCUGAGACAUUUUGCCAAUGCUCUCAAGGCACUUGAAGGAGACGCGCAAGUCCGUGUCCGCAAAGACGGGAAGCUCAUAGCCUAUGGAACCGCAUGGGAUAUCAUCCAGGCAGACCUGCCGGAUUCUGGCCACUUCGCAAUCAACGUCGAAUUGGGUUGGAAAAAAUUGGAUAAGUACUACGCGAAACUCAUCGAGUGUCCGAUAUACUACUCGGCCAUCGCUCUGCAUCCUGCCUUGCGGUUACAGUGGUUCGAAGAAGCUUGGGCUCAUCGACCCGAAUGGGUCACGGAAGCCCGGCGGAUCGUCCGAGCCAUCUGGGAAAGUGACUAUAAGUCGCUGAACGUCGAGGAGGAGGGUCCAGCCACUGCUGUGGAGGAUUUCCAGCCACCCGACGAUCUGGACGAUUUCCAAAAGUUUCGAAUGAGGCACAGGGUGCAAUCGAGCCAUAUCACGAAUGGUGAUUACCGGCUGCCGACGCGCCCUAUCGCCGACGAGUUGGAUCGUUGGACCUACUGGAAACUCAAAGAGGCGACAUAUCCGCGGCUGGCGCGGAUGGCUUUCGAUAUGCUAUCCGUCCCGCCCAUGUCUGCCGAGUGCGAAAGGGCGUUUUCAUUUGCUGGACUGAUGGUUACCCGGCUGCGCAGGAGACUUGAGGUGAAGACCAUCAGCGCCGCACAGUCCAUCCGGUCUUGGCUGAACGCGGGAUUAAUACACAACUACCAGGGAGUCGUUGAUCCAUCGGUAGACGACAACGCCUUCGUGGAGGCCGCAGAGGAUAAUUCUGAGAAAGGGGAGGACGGGCCAGAGGACUUUGUCGUUAUCUCCGAAUAG